AUGUUCAUUCCUCGGGCCUCCUCUCACACCCGUCUACCUCCAUUCAGCGAGUUGAUGCUGUCCAUUUCCCACCAGCAUACACCCACGUACCAUGCGCCGCACAUCCCGCUUCAAUUUGCGUUCCCUUCGCCGCGCUCCGUCCCGGGCCCAUUCGACUUUGCCCAUUCCAAUGCGCCUUCUAUGGCUUCUCUGGCUUCUCUGGCCGCUUCGAACCGGACCAACUCUACACUGGCGCCUUCGAGUCUGGCCAGCCCCAGCCUGGACGCCGGCGUAAGCGCCUCUGGCCCCGGCCAUGCCCUUCCGCCUCUCCACGGCCUCCCCGCAUACCACCUUGCCGCAGGGCCCAAGCCGGUUCUGCCUCCGUUUUCUCGCCCGGCCGAGAUCCCCACGCCGCCCGCCUCGGCCGAGUUGGGCAGCGCCCCAAUGGUCGACUGCAAAGCCGAGCCCGUGGUGCCCAAAAGAAAACAUGCGUGCAAAACGUGUGGGCGGUCCUUCACCACGCUGGGCCAUUUGGCCCGGCACAACAGAACACACACGGGCGAACGCAAGCACAUGUGUCCGUUUCCGCAGUGUGGUGCCCGUUUUGCUCGCCAGGACAAUUGCAUGCAACACUACAAGAUGCAUUUGAACGGGAAGAGCAAACGGCGGGGCAAGCGGGCUUGA